UGGUUUGAAGGGUGCAGAAACAAGAAACAAAUGCACUUCAUGGAGUAAGUCGAGCAAACAACCAUCAGAUAUGUUAUACUCGACUUUUCACAACUGUACUGUUUAGUCCCUCCACACUUUUCCAGACUUUGGACCACUGUUGAAUACAUUUUCAGCACACGACAUUAUAAUAUAGUGUCAUCCCAAAUAUGGUAACCUCUUCGCAAAUGUUGCUUUGUGGUGCCACAUUGCUAUUGGAACGCUCGCGGCUAUUUGGGACAGGACAGGACAGGCCGCGGUUUGACGUCACUUCCUGCCACGUUACGGCGCAUGCGCAGCGGAUGUUUGACGACGUGUACCGGCUGAGUCCAAGUCGUCGCGUCCUCGGAAUAAUCAGCAAAAUCGCAAAAGCCUCGAGUGCGCGACAGCAUGGGAGGUUCGCAGAGCGUGGAGAUCCCGGGAGGCGGCUCGGAGGGCUACCACGUCCUCCGGGUUCAGGAGAACUCUCCGGGUCACCGAGCAGGACUGGAGCCUUUCUUUGACUUCAUCGUCUCCAUCAACAACACCCGACUGAACAAGGACAAUGACACCUUGAAGGACCUACUCAAAGCCAGUGUGGAGAAACCGGUCAAGAUGCUGGUGUACUCCUCAAAGACGCUGGAGCUGCGGGAGUCCACAGUCACACCCAGCAACCUGUGGGGGGGCCAGGGCUUGCUCGGGGUCUCCAUUCGCUUCUGCAGCUUCGAAGGAGCCAACGAGAACGUUUGGCACGUUCUGGAAGUGGAGCCCAAUUCCCCCGCAGCCCUCGCCGGUUUGAGGCCGCACACGGACUACAUCAUCGGCGCGGACACCGUUAUGAACGAGUCCGAGGACCUGUUCUCCUUGAUCGAGAGCCACGAGGGGAAGGGCCUGAAGCUCUACGUGUACAACACCGACACCGACAACUGCAGAGAGGUGGUCAUCACACCCAACGGCGCCUGGGGAGGAGAGGGCAGCCUCGGAUGCGGGAUCGGCUACGGAUACCUCCACAGGAUUCCCACGCGACCUUUCGAGGAGGGGAAGAAGAUCUGCUUCCCGGGAAACGCUUCUGGCGAGCCCGUCGCUCCUCUGAAGGACGGCUUCACCGAGGUCCAGUUGUCGGCCGUGACCCCGCCUCGCAGUGACCCCGCGCUCCCACCCGGCCUUGAAGACUCGCUGUCUGGCCUGUCCAUCAGCACAGCCCCGCCCCCCACCAUGCCGAGCGAGCUGCAGACGGGUCUGCCCACCGUCCCUCUGCUGCCCUCGUCCGGCCCAUCCCUCAGCCCCCUCGCGCCCCUGAAUCCUGCCACGGCCAGCUUCAACCCCGCCACCACGUUACCAGGCUUGAUGCCCCUCCCGGCUGGCUUGCCUCCGCUUCCCCACCUUCCCAAUCUCAACCUGCCGCUCCCGGACCUCGGCGCCAUCUCACUAGCGGGCAGCGGCAACUUAAUGCCGGCCGGAACCGCGGUUCCUCCUCUGUCGGCUCCCCUCAACAUCCCCGGCCUGGGGCCUCUGCCCCCUUUGCCCGCCAUGCUGCCCUCCCAGCUGACUCCCCUCCUGCCUAAGGGCGGCGCCCCCGUUCUGCCCGCUUCCGCCGCCGCGACGUCCGCGGGCGACGCCGCAAACGUGACGGAACUGCGGCCUCCCGCGGCGACGACGCCCGCAUCCUCGUAACCUGCGAACGCGUAUCGCUGUUAAACCAUCCGACCAAAACACACGGCCCGUUUUCUCUUUCCUCUCUCGUUGGUCUUUCUCCGUUCGGUUUUCUAUUUAUUCGGCCGAGAGGGCCAGGCCGCACCCGGUCCGAGAUUCCGGGCCGGAACACGUCUCGGUAAAGCGAGCGUCGCGUCGUCGCGUUGCAGUGGAGCGGGUCGCGCUGCAGCUUGCCUUCAAUAACUCUUCACUUUGCCAUUGACUUCUGUGACUUCAUUUUUUGAUUGUAUUUUUUUUUUGCCCCCCCACCUUUCUGCUGUGUCAUUUCUUCUGUUUUAAGUUUGAGCACGUGCUCCAGAAUUCACUGAAGUAUUCAUUCAAUCUCCUUUUUUUUAAUUUCCAUAAUAUAUGGGCAAACGAGCCUUUCGUCGUCGUCAGCCGUGCGGCCUAACACAGAAAACGCAAAUCCGCGAGUGUUCUACUAAUCUUGGGACGUUCAUUGUACAAGGUGAAUUUAUAUAAAAUGCUCCAUAAUUAAGAAUCUCUGUGCAGCCUUGCUUUGCUGACUUCACAAGCCGAAUAUCGUCCAAUUGUGUUGGUUCUCGACACGCACUGAAAUAUUUCAGUCUCAAGAAAUGUUGAGUAUUAGCGUACUCAAAAAGAUUUGAAAUAUAGAAGUGAGGUAGGAAUUUGCCUUGUGAAGUGUAUUGUCCGUACAUUUCUACAAUUGUAUGCGAGAUUCACUUUUUGUUUUGAACUACUGAACUCGAUGAUGAAUUUGAGACGUCCCAGCACACUGCAAAAAUGCAAAAUCUUACAGUGAAUUUCUUUCUUUCUUUGAGGGAAAACAUUUGACGCUUGGAACUUUUUGUCUACAUUUUCAGCGAGAUAAGACUUGGAUCUUCUUUUUAAGAAUCUUAUCAAGUCCAGUCCAUUGGGGUUUGGUGGAUUUUCAUGACAUUUUUUUUUCACUCGAGACAUUUUGUCCCUGAAAUAACUUAAACGUCUGCCAACUAGAACUUCUUAAUGUAACAUUUUGUUUCAAACGAGUCUUUUGUCCAGCUGCACAUUUAUCCAAAACGAAGUCAGAACUGCCUUCAAAUAAAUAACGGUGAAGGUGUUUUCACCAAGAAUUCGCUGAAGACUUUGGGUUUGAGUUGCUCCAAAGAGGUUGUCAUUGAUGACCAUUACAGUGUGAUUGUUUUUUUUUUUUUGAAUUGUUAUUUUGAAAUGCUUUUUUUAUUUUUUUUUAUGUACAGUCUAGCUAGCGUCAAAGUCUGCUCGCAUGCGUUCCAUGCACAGCUGUGACGUGCUCAGGAGCGACUCGAUUCAAUCCGUUCCACCGAGUUACAAGUUCCGCUGGUUAGCCACAAGAUGUCACUGUAAACAAUGAAACUGAACGGAUCUCCGCCGGUAUGCCGAGUGCAAGCAAUAAAGCCAAACAAAUGUU